CGGUCAUCGAACGUCAGCUUUACUGGAAAUAAUAGAUACAUGCUAGAAAUAAGACAAUCUUGCCUUCGUUGUCGAGUUUUGAAGUACAAGACUUAAUGCAUAUGUUUAUAGACCUAUGCAAGUUUCUCCGGAUGGACUCUCGUUCUUUUCUCCAGUCCAGAUAUUCGCUGCCAGGAGUCUUAGCUGAAUAUCGGAGCACGUGCAUCCAAUAUGGCGCGUCCCUAUGUUCCUCACCUGGAAUUGCUUCUUGAAGAAAUAAUAUACCGGCAAUUUUUUAUUCGCUCUGAACAGAGAUGUUUGUGACGACUUUUAAACUUCUUUUAAAAUGGAUAGCAACAUGAGUCACGACGCUCAUAUCGUGAAUUAUUUAACGAAGCAGUUCCUUUGCUGUGCCGCAUCAAGUACAAUAGAUUUUACGGUACUGCUUAAUCGUGGUCUCGAUCUAGACAUCCAAAAGGAAAUUUUGGACAACACGGUAAAUAGCGACUUGAUUGAGCGAUAUCCGAUAAAAACUUUGUACCAAAGAGCAUUUUUGAAAUUGCUUAUACAAAAGAUAGAGCAGAGCGGCGAUGAAAUUCACGAUGAUUUAUACACAGCGUAUUGCAGAUUAAUGUCAUUGCCAGAUGAAGAAUCUGUGCACUAUCGUCAUUUGUUAGUCGAGAAUGGAACGUUAAAUUGCAUCACGUUAAAGGAGAGUACGAAGUUGAUCUCUGAUGGCACUACAGGCUUAUGUAGCUGGCAGGGUGCGGUGGCGUUGAGUCAAUGGUGCGCAGAAAACAAAGGGCAGUUUUGUGGAAAAAACGUACUAGAACUUGGCUGUGGCGUUGGAUUGACCGGCAUGAGCAUAAUUAGUGUAUGCUCUCCGAAACAAUAUGUUUUCUCCGAUUGUCAUCCAACGGUAUUAGGCAUGCUGUGCGAGAAUGUAAAACUCAAUUUCCUAUCGAACGAGCGACGCAAACUAUUGGAUACAUCUGAAGCAACGUCGAAGCUGAAGUUGCAAUUAAAAUACAAGCAAAUCGACAUUCUAGUAAUAGAUUUGAAAUGGGAGGAUAUUGAUGAAUAUAUAUCAGAGUGUUCGUCGCAGCCUGACAUAAUUGUUGCCGCCGAUAUUCUGUACGAGAGCAGCUCGUUCGGUUCAUUAGCAUCGGGACUGAAGAGCCUUUUAACGUCAAAGAAGCAUGCUAUUUUCGCUGCAACAAUUCGUAAUGAAGACACUAUCUCGCAGUUUUUUGAGCAUUUAGGAAAUUACGAUCUUGCUUUUGAAGAAUGCAGCUUACAAAAAAGGACUGUGUCGAUACAAACGAUCGACGCACCCGUUCGGAUAUUGAAGAUUUUUCAGAAGAUUUAAAAUUAGUUUUAUCUUGUGUCUACGAAUAAUUUUAUCUAUAAUUAAGUCUACAUACCAUUUUAUCUA